AUGCCGGGAGAGCUUCUGGACGCCUUCCGCCUCCAGCUCUCCCUGGAUCAUCCGGACUGUGCCCUGGGUCUGGGGGGAAAGAGGUGGGAAUGUGGCUUCCCAGAUAUUUACAAGAGGGAGGAAGUGGAGGCCCGAGCUGCACCAGGCACUCAGCCCCUGCUCUCCCUCUUCGCUGCCCAAAGCCCCCACCCAUUAGCUCCCAGCAUGGCACACGGCUAUUUCUCCGGGCCCUGCGUGCCCUCAGCCUCCGCCGUCUCCGUCUGCUCCAGUGACGUGAGCCACAGCAGCAACGUCUGCUUGCCCAGCUCGUGCCCGGGGGACUCCUCCUGGCAGCUGGAUGACUGCCCAGAGACCUGCUGUGAGCCCUGCGGCUGCGGCCCCUCCUGCUGCCCGGCCCCGUGCUGCCCGCCCGCCUCCUCCCUCACCCUCGUGUGCCGGCCGGUCUGCUGCGUGCCCGCCUCCUGCCAGCCGUGCCAGGCCAUCUGCACCCCCUCCUGCUGCCAGUCCACUGGCUGUGGGUCUUCCUGCUGCCAAGCCUGUCCCUGUGCCCUGGGGCAGUCCUGCUGCUGUUUGCCCGUGUGCUGCAGGCCCAGCUGCAUUGCCCUGUCUCAGUGCUGCCAACCCAGCUGCUGUGGCCCCUCUUGCUGCCCAGCUCCCUCCUGCUGCCAGCCUGCCUGUUGCUGCCCUGCUUCCUGUGUAUCCCUCACCUGCCAGCCAGUGUGCAGUCCAGCCCCUUGCUAUGUGCCUCUCUCCUGCAAACCCAUCUGCUGCACCACCUCCUCUUCCUCCUGCUGCUGCUGUGUCCCCUCCUGCUGCCCAGCCCCUUCCUGCUGCCGCCCCACCUCCUCUGUGUCCCUCAUCUGCCAGCCUGUGUGCAGACCAGCCCCUUGCUGUGUGUCUCUCUCCUGCAAACCCACCUACUGCACCACCUCCUCCUCCUGUUGCUGUGCCCCCUCCUGCUGCCGCCCCACCUCCUCUGUGUCCCUCAUCUGUAGGCCCACCUGCUGCAGACCCUCCUGCUGCUCCACCUCCUGUGGACAGAAAUCUUGCUGUUGA